AUGCCGUACGCCGAACCAACAACCCCUUCGCCCGCCGCCUCUCCUGCUAAGGAGCAUUCCUUCCACUUUCACCGAAAGGGUCACACUACUCCGCCUACCCAUAUCGAAGACAUCAUUUCUGGUCCUAGCACUCUGACAGGACCCAUGCCAGGUAUCCCUCGGCGGACAUCUAGUCAUUCUGGUUCAUCAACACCACGACGAUCGAUGAUGGACAACCUCUCCCAAGCGACUCACGCCAUACAUACCCAAUCAUUUCCAAUAUCCCGUCCUAUGGAAGGUCUUCCCCGAAGAUCACCGUCAUCCACCGGUCGUAGCUCAGUGUCGGGCUUACCACCAGCGGAAGGUAGUUCAUUGGGUCUCAAACUUCAUCCCAGCCCAAUAAAAUCACCACUGCUGCAUCGAGCCGUUCGAGAUUCCAUAGCGUCGACUUCAACUGUGGACUCUUCUCUUCCGUCAACGCCAAAUGAAGACACUCCAACACACUCAAUCGCCGUUCAUGUUCAUGCCAAGCAUGGCGAGUCCGCCGUCCCCUUUCCCACAUUCGAUCCUGACUUCAAGCCGCCGCCACGUGCAUCGCCGGCUCGAGGUAUGCUUUCACCAAAUCGUCCGACUCUAGCUGGCCUGAGAAGAGGCUCAGCCGGUCACAUAAGAGGAGGCAAUUCCACUGGAUCUCUCCAAAUCACUUUCCCUCCUCCAAUAUCUCAAUCUGCAAGCUCUUCGCCCAAUAUCAACGGUCUUUCACCCUCUCUUCGACCAAUAGGCAUGAUCCGAAAGAAGAGCGGUGAAGUUGUCAAACCAUCGCUGAAGCAAAGGUCCAUGUCUACACCUGAUCUUACUCGUCAAGGCAACUCAUCUCCUACCGACGAGGUCGACGAAGCUCGCGCUUUUGGCGAGGAGCGAUCCAAGAGCGUACGAUUCGCCGAUACCAGUGAAGGAGAUGCCAAAGCCUUGGAAAGUGUGGUGUUAUUCUUAAGGGAACAGAAAGUAACAGCUGUAGGGAAAGCAGCUGAUCCAGAGAAUGCCUCUUACACCGAGACGGAAACAGAAAAUGAUACAGAUGCUGAGUUUGUUCAAUUCCGUACCAGAAGGAAUGCUCAAGCGAAAGCAGCAGAUGAAUCUGGCCAACUGCAAAUGGAAGUUGGAGGUAGAAUCCCCAGAAAAAGAACUGAUUUCUCUCCUGAUGCCAGAGGAAGCUUGACAGGCGAGAAUGUCAUGUUGGAGAGGAUAGAAUUGCAAUCUGGAUUGGGGCCAUUGUGCAUGAGAGGCACGGUGAUUGUGCGAAAUGUCUCAUUUCAAAAAUGGGUAGCGGUUAGGUUCACGAUGGAUCAAUGGCAAACCGUAUCUGAAGUCUCUGGAACACAUGUUUGCCAUAUUCCUGCUGCGACUACCGGUGACGAGGGAUGGGAUCGAUUCAGCUUCUCGAUCAAAUUAGAAGACUUCAAGCGGAAGUUGGAAGAGAGACAGCUGCUGCUUUGCAUACAUUACUCCGUGGAAGGCCAGGAUUGGUGGGACUCUAACGACGGUAUGAACUAUGGGUUCACUUUCAAGAAGACAACUCGUCGUCCUACUAGAGUAUCAGGUCCACCGACACUGGGCGGUGGAUACAUGGACGUGGAGGAGCCUGCGAGAAAUGCUCCACUACCAGGACUGAGGAAGAACAAUGCUCCUCCGCCUUCGGCCAACAUCAAUAAAGCGUUUGGUGCUCCUUCAUCUGGUCCUGCUAGUUGGAUAUUCCCUAAAUUCUCUCGAACUUUCAGCGAUAACGUCCCACCAAGACCUGAUUCGCCUAUGCAGAGCCCUCCCCCGGUGCAAUUCAAAGCACCCGCCCCUCCUUCAGCUCACGACCACCUCAAACUUGCCAAGUAUUGUGCUCCUUCACCACCACAAUCACCUCCUAAAGAAAUCUCACCCGUCAUGGAACAAUUGAUGACUCCGGAAGCUUACGACGAGCAAGAUGUGCAACGAAGAACUAGCAUGCACAUUAUAAAUGGGAACUAUGCUACUUUGGUGGCACCGGAGCUAGGUCACGAGCGAAGAUCCAGUUGGAACGGCCCAAGCAAUAGUUGGGAAUCGUUUGCUCAGGCUAUGGGGAAUGAGGAAUCUAUGGUCAACUCUAAAAGUGGUGAUGCCACUCCGCUCGCUCAUCGAUCUCCAGAAGUACCUGCCGAUGAAUCGGACAGCACACCUGAGCACAAAAAUCUUACUCUCAAGAGAUCGACGGGUGAUUUGGGCAAGCUUAGAAGAGAAGCAGAAGAUAGGGACUUGGGUCUUAUGACUCCGCCUUCCUCUAAUCUUUCGUCUCCUCCUACACCCGUUCAUCAAGGUCUGCCAGCAAUUCCAAUGUCACCUUCGCCCUCGACCUCGACGGGCGAAUCUUCUCCUGUCGAGACCAUCAGUUACGAUUCAGCGCCCGACUUGACGCGCUUAGCAGCAAUCGAGAUUGAUCCCGAGCAAAGGGGAAGAACUGGUAACCCGAACCAGAAGACACUAGAUUAUCAGCAAUUCCUGGACAAAUUCUGUUUCUUUCAAUCACCUCGGAUGACCCCUACCGAGCUUGAACCUGUAUACAGUAGACCCUCAUUCAUCCCUAUCAGCGGGGAAGCUUCACCCAAUGGGUUCCCAUUCUACGGCAAUAACGGUCAGAACUCUCCUCGUAACACGCCUACUCCUACGAGGCAGUACAACUCUGCUCAAGAUGCUUUCAGUUUCGCUGGAACUCCUAAAUCUUCGCACCAACCCAAAACUCACAAACAAGCUCAAAAACAAGCUCCAACUGGAGCUGCUUCUCCUAAUCCCCUCGGCAACCUUGCUCCAGGAUUUCAUGCUUCUUCUGCCGACACCAAGGCCUGGGCACAACAGAUGAACAGCAACCCAUCUUCUCCUUCACUCACCGCGGCGAAAUAA